UCAGGACACUACUGCUGUAGAACCUACCACACUUCCAGCAACUCUGUCUCUGAGUCCAUCAAAUUCUAUCUGGUGGUGUCUCCAGUCUCUGCCUCCAGGCAGGCCACCUGGGUUCCCCAUGACCUGGUCUCUUCACAGACCCAGAGCUGUGUGUCCUCAACUGGAGGAGCCAGAGAAGCCCCCAGGGCUCCAUCUGCCAGCACUGCCCCUUCACAGCCCCAGAAUUCCACUCUCCGCUCAGGCCCUGAAGCCCACGGGGACCUGGUCCCAGCACUCUGUGGACUCCUCAUAGCCAAGAGCCUUCUGCUGUCUGCCCUGCUUGUCUGGUGGUGGGACGUGCAGUGGAAAACCCUGAUAGAGCUCAGGAGCUUGGACACCAGUAAAGCCACCUGCCACAUUCAACAGGUCACUGACCUUCUCUGGACCUCAGUUUCUUCACUAAUGAACACGCUUUCUUUCCUCUCCUCUACCUCUGCCUGA